AUGUUCUUCAUUACCGGUCGCCAUAAAGUCAUUUUGAUUUACUAUUGCACGGGAAGCGCUCUUCAAAAACCGAUUCAAGUUGUUCAGCCAAUUCAGUCGGCCUGCCCCUCCCCCGUCUCUGUUCAAACUGUUGCUGAGCAAACUGCCUGUCUUAAUACACUCCUCGUGGCGACUCCUGCAUCGUCACCGAUGGUGACUUACUUGGCUACAAGCGGCGCGCUCUCCCUUCCUCAGACUACUAAUUGCUUCCAAAAUGUUUCUUCUGGAAAACCUACCCCCGCUAUGAUGUCAUCGUCUUCCUACGUCUACCACGGUGUUCCCGUCGGUCAGCCAAUCCUCCUUACAGGUACGCCCCAAAGUGGACUCGUGUUCGCUCAGCCCUCCGGAACCCCUAUAGGCACCCCCUAUAUGAUUGCACAUCCACAGCCCCACUUCCAAGUUCGGGGUAGUGGAAACAGCCAAGGAAUUUCAAUGGCUGUGCUUCUUGGAACUCCACCUCCUGCUACUCAUCCCGGUUUAAUUCAGCUGCCACAGCAACCGUCUGCAACCAACCCUAUUUCUGCGGCUAGUCAACCAAUUGUUUGUGUAAAUUCCGGAGUUCCUGUGCAGUCAAAUCUUUCUCCUUCCUCAUACCCUCAGAUUCACCCGGGUGUGGCGGUAGCACGUUUCCCCAAUGGCUGCCCUAUCGCCCCAAACACCUCUUCUUCCGUGACCAGCUCUGCAGCGACGAUGACAAAUACGGUGAGUAGUGUGCCUGCCUCAACCCCCACUACCAUUAGAUCCGACUCACCGACACCGGAAGCUGUGCUGCAACAGUUGAACAAGGAGAUUGCCGGACUCGAACGCCUGGCGCGCACCAACACCCCGCUCACCGGACAGCAGGCCACGCGGCUGCAGCGACUGAUAUUCGCUCGUGACCAGGUCCUGCAGUCGCUGGCGGCGAAAGCGCGCACCACGGGCGUGAGAUGCGCCCCGCCUGCCGUCUCCGCUCUAAGACCUCGUCCUCCGGUCCCCACGGCUGCCUCUAUUCUUCCAGCUGUUGUAAAGCGCACUGAUUUGCCUGCAAAUGCCUUGUCAGAAGCUAAUGUGGGCCUCACACCUUCUACCCCUCCUGUCACCCAGUGCACCCCAGCCCGAACUCGGCGACAGAGCACUGCGCUCAGCCUGACCAGUCUGAGGGCGUCUGUGCGUCCCCUCCGGCAACCCAUGGUAAGUUCUCCUCCCUCCCCCUCCCCCCGACCUGUGUUGCCCGUUGCUCCUGUGUUUUGCGGUCGCAGUGGGCUACGACGCCUCGAUGAGGUGGUUGGUCUCUAUGAGCGUCACCUGAUGCUCCCGAUAACCAACCCAGUUGGCUCCAGCAUGCUUGUGCCUCGUUUGAGUUCUCCCAUUCGACCUCAGUCCCGCACCGAAGUAGUCAACCUCUUGGUGAAGCACCGCCUCCUACCAGUCAACAACGUUGCGACUAGCGGCGAGAGCUUCUUGGUUGAGUUCCGCCUCACCUCGCACCGCUACCACCUCUGGCUUACGCGGGCACAGAAGGUCGAUCUGGAGCAGCUCCUCCUCACCUUCUCGAGCGCCCAGCGCAAGGCCGAGAUCCUCAUGGUGUACCAGGAGGAGCAGACGCGCUUCUUCGCCACCCACCCUCGGCCCUCUGCGCCGCUGGCAGCUCACCUGCGCCUCGUCCGUCCGCCGCACGUGCAGCAACCGCCGCCGCCGCAGCAGCCACCGCCGCCUCUUCCCGGCGCAACCAUGUGUGUUCUUGCGCCCAUGGCUCCAAACUCGCUCCAGAACACCAGUCUAACUGGAAAUAUGGCUAACCGUCCCGGUAAAUUCGUGUUUUUUGGCUCUUGUGCGCCUUGGGCUAUGCACCCCUCCUCACGCCCCAACUCACCUGUGAAGGCGCCUUCGUUUGGUUCGCCGGCGUCGACUCAGGCCCCGACAACUGCUGCAUCGAGUCCGGUGUCUACCGCCACCCCCUCGAAUCCGUCGUCCUCCCAGUCACCGCUGAACCAGCCGUCGGUGCUCCAGUCACGCAGACUCACCGCCGUUCGAACCAUGCUGCACGCGGAUCAAGUAGCUGCUGUCUCCCGUCCACAAGUGUCGAUCUGCGGAGAGGAACCCGAACGGGCUCUUCCCUCUGUUGCAGAAAUGAUCAGCCUCCUUGCCCCCUAUCAUGUUAAUCAGGAUAUGGAUAACACCCAAGAAGCCCUGGAUAAAGUGGAUAAUGUUCUUGACAAGGCAUUUCAUCAACUUCACACAAGAAAAAAACAGACUGAGGAUGCUAUUCUUUCCAUAUUAUAUGCAGAAAAAUGGCAACAAAUGGACUGUCCUCUGUCGGACCGCGUGUUUCUCGCGCGUCUUUCCCUAGAAAGCGACCGUGAACGCUUCGCCUCCGAGAGAUCUGCCUAUGAGGAAUUGAGGUCCCGUUUGGACGCCGAGUCUCCCCAUUUGUCCCCUAAGCGAAUACGGCUUCUUCUGGAUGAGGCUUCACCCGAUUUUAUUCCCCUUGAAUUUGAUGAUAAGGGUAAUUCCCGAAUAGCGACUCUUCGUCUAGAAGAAGAAGAAGAAGAAGAAGAAGUGGUAGUAGCAGACGAAGGAGUAAGAGAAAUGAAGGAACCUACACAGCCCCUGAUGUUUGAUGAAGAACAGUGUCCACAAUUGAAACCUUUCCUAAAGUGCGAGGAAUCAGUGGAAGAAGGUGCGUGGCCAGAGUGGGAAGAGGAGGAAGGUUUUCAGUCACCCAACACUCCGGAGGUGGAUAUCGCCAAUCUUGUUGUCGAGGAAGAUGACGUAGUGGAGGCAAGCGAGUUUGGCAACCAAGAUCGGAGUCGCGUUCUGUCUCCAAUCAUAGAUUUGGAAGCCUCUGAAUUGUCAAAUGGUCUCCCGAUUGAUGUUCUGACUCCCAGAGAUGCAUUGGCGGAAGCCGCUUCGGUGGCAGAGGCAUCAAAGGCCCGAUCCCUUUCGGACGUCCCCCCUACACCGGACGGUGACGCGCCUUUCCAAAGGCUGCGACACUCCGAAGACCCCACAAUCGAUGCUGCUAUCCGAAGCAUAAUCGAUUUGUAG